AUGGGAGAUAAUAAUUAUAAUAAAGGAUGUUGGAAUGAUUUGUGGCAUGGCAAUAAAAAUUAUGAUGGGUAUUGGAAUAAAGGUUUAUUUGAAUGUAGUGUUAGUAAUAGUUGUUUAUUUUCAUUUUUAUUACCACAAAUUGAACUAUUAUAUCAAAUGAAAGUUACAGAUAGAUAUGGUGAUACAGAGGCAGAAUGGAGUACAUGUAAGUUAAUUGGAAAUUGUUUAUGUGCUUGUUGUUGUUUUCCAUGUGCCCUUGGUGGUGUGAGAAAUGGACUAGUAAUGAGAUAUAAUUUAGAUAAAAAAACUAAAUUUGAAUGUUUUGCAUGUUGUUGUUGUCCAUGCUGUGCUUUAAAUCAACAAAAUUUAGAAAUUAAAUUUAGAAAUGAAAAACCUGUUACACUAUUAAUGGAUUAA